UCCGCGAUCUAGUUACACAAGUUAGAGAUAGGGGCCUGUGGAAACAUGAAGAGGGUAAACAGCUGUGUGAAGAGUGAUGAACAUGUCCUGGAGGAAUUGGAAACUGAAGGAGAGAGGCAGCUGAAAAGCCUCCUACAGCAUCAACUUGAUACCUCUGUCUCUAUUCAGGAAUGUAUGUCUAAGAAAGAGAGCUUUGCUCCUGGUACUAUAUACAAGCCCUUUGGAAAAGAAGCAGCUGGAACUUUGACAUUGUCCCAGUUCCAGACACUCCAUAAAAAGGACCAGGAAACUGCUUCUCUCAGGGAACUAGGGCUCAAUGAAACAGAAAUCUUAACCUGGAAAAGUCAUGUUACAGGUGAAAAGAGAACAAGACUGAGGGCAACACCUGAAGCAAUACAGAACCGUCUUCAGGAUAUUGAAAAAAGGAUCACAGAGCGGCAGCGCAUCCUUUGCUUGCCUCAGAGAUUUGCAAAGAGCAAACAACUGACCCGGCGAGAAAUGGAAAUAGAAAAGUCUUUAUUUCAGGGAGCUGAUCGUCACUCCUUCCUUAAGGCUCUUUAUUACCAAGAUGAUCCCCACAAGAAGAACAAAGGUGAUCCUAUGAACAACCUGGAAAAUUUUUACCAAGAGAUGAUAAUGAAAAAACGUCUUGAAGAGUUCCAACUUAUGAGAGGUGAACCCUUUGCCUCCCACUCAGUGGUGUCAGCCACGACAGUGGGAGGUAGUGAAACAGCUGAGCACCCGUCAUUACUUCAAGGCAAGAGGAAACAGGCAGCACAGGGUAAAGGCCCCAGUCUCCAUGCGGCAAAAGUUACUGAUUUUUCAUCUCAGCAGAGUUGGACUGAGUCUAAGAAGCUGACACAACAAAUAGAAUUUGUCCCAGAAGAUGAGAUCCAAAGAAAUCGUUUGUCAGAGGAAGAGAUCCGAAAAAUUCCCAUGUUUUCUUCAUAUAAUCCAGGAGAGCCAAGCAAGGUGUUAUAUCUGAAGAACCUUAGCCCUCGGGUGACUGAGAGGGAUCUUAUCUCCUUGUUUGCCCGAUUCCAGGAGAAAAAAGGACCUCUGAUCCAAUUUCGAAUAAUGACUGGACGCAUGAGAGGCCAGGCUUUCAUCAGCUUCCCCAAUAAGGAGAUAGCACGGGAAGCAUUGCAUCUAGUAAAUGGAUAUAAACUACAUGGAAAAAUACUGGUGAUAGAGUUUGGAAAGAACCAAAUACAACAGUCAGAUCUUCAGAAUGAUUCUCUCAAAUCCUGUGCUGCAAAUAGCAAUACAGAAAUCGAUAACAGCUAGAAGAUGAAGAAGUUACAGGCCCUGAGCAGGUUUUCUUGCAAUAGAAACUUGGAUAUACAAUUUGGGCAUA